AUGAGCCCCAAAGGCGAACCAGUGGGCGUCUUAGCGGUGUUCGAUACAUAUGCAAGGCAUACCCGUCAGGAGCUGUUGGUUAAUGAUCUCCACUCUGCCGCUCGUGAGAUUAUGGGCAUUCUACAGACACCUUAUGAAAAAAUUCUUGAAGAAAGGAAGAAUUCGCAAGAUUCGAUCAAACCUGGCAAGCCAACAAACGAAGUUGACGAGGAGUUAAAGCAGCUUUCUCUCAAGUUGGGUAGAGCGACAAGCAAAGCUUGUGCCAUGACGGUGUUUGAGAAGGAUGGUUCUGGUAAUCCUUACUCGCAAAAUCACCAUUUUGCCCUGAAUGCUGGGGAUGACAAUGAAGACAUCAAAAACAAUUGCCUUGAUGAGAAGCAAAGAAAGAGUUUGAUAAGGAUGCUUCGUCGCAUCGGCAGCUUGAGACCAGCUGCCGAGAUGUUAUGCGAGUCUUUAGCUGCCUCAUUCAAAGCAGACUUUGUCUUCAUUGUCGAGAUUAGGUCAGCCGAAUUGUAUUCUGUGGCGGCGGAAUACUUCCCCAAGGGCCACAAUAAGGUUGAUUCUGAGAUGUUCAAGCAUGCUAACAAGCUUGUGAAAAGUAAACGAGUUAUGGAAGAAACAGACCGCGUUCUGACUCGUGUUUUAGGCACUUAUGGAUGCACUUAUCUGACGAUAAAGUCGGACCAUGACUUCCUCAUCAAGGCCUUUCUGAGCGACUUUGGUCUUCAAUAUAAUAAUCCAAAGCACUCAACGAGAUUCAACAGUGGUUGCGUCAUGCCCUUUUAUCGGUACAACUCCAAGUUGGUCAAGAAGUCUAGCAGGAACCCAGAUUCCAACAACAUCGAGUUGUACUUGAGGGCCGGCGGAUACUUGGUUGGUGUUAUGAAUGAAUAUUCGAUCAUAUGA